CCCUGCCUUUGCCCAAAGGAAGCAUCGGUCGCUGUUGUCCUUCUCUGCCAUCCACUUGCUGUUCUUCAGGGGUUUUUGAGGAGACAAAUUUCGGCUAAAGAUUGGGUACAUUGAAAAUGCCCGGAGACGUUGAGAUGAAAGAGCAACCAGCCCCUUCAAAUUCUGUCACCUCCACUGGCCAAUCCACUCUGCAGCACUUGAAAGAGAUAGCAUCACUUAUCGAGACCGGUACAUAUGCCCGGGAGAUUCGGAGAAUAGUGAGGGCUGUCCGGCUAACUAUUGCUUUGAGGAAGAAGUUGACGGCAUCAGUGAUUUCUGCGUUCUUGACUUAUGCCCUCACACAUGGAUCCGAGGUGCAUACACGGUUGUCCUCAUACAUUCCCAAGGAUGAUGAGCAUGAAAUGGAAGUUGAUACGGCAACAUCUGCAGUGCAAUCCCCUGCAAAGCAUUCUCUGCCAGAGCUGGAGAUUUAUUCUUAUUUGCUUGUCGUCAUAUUUCUCAUUGAUCAGAAGAGAUACAAUGAGGCUAAAGUAUGCGCCUCAGCAGGCAUUGCACGUUUGAAGAACCUCAAUAGGCGAACUCUUGAUGUUUUAACAUCCAGGCUCUACUUUUAUUACUCUUUGAGCUAUGAACUUACCAGUGAUCUUGCUGAAAUUCGUGGAAAUCUGCUUGCGCUGCAUCGGAUUGCAACACUUCGCCAUGAUGAGCUGGGUCAGGAAACACUUCUCAAUCUGCUGCUUCGGAAUUACCUCCACUAUAAUUUAUAUGACCAAGCAGAGAAAUUGAGGUCAAAAGCACCCCGUUUUGAAGCUCAUUCAAAUCAACAGUUUUGUCGUUAUCUCUUUUACCUUGGAAAGAUCAGGACAAUUCAGUUGGAAUACACUGAUGCUAAAGAAUCCCUUCUGCAAGCUGCAAGGAAAGCACCAAUAGCUGCUCUUGGUUUCCGAAUUCAAUGCACUAAAUGGGCUGUAAUAGUACGUUUACUGCUUGGAGAGAUCCCUGAGAGGACUGUUUUUAUGCAAAAAGGAAUGGAGAAAGCUUUGAGACCAUAUUUUGAGCUUACAAAUGCUGUUCGAAUUGGAGAUCUGGAGUUGUUUAGGACAGUUGCUGAGAAGUUCUCAAGCACAUUCAGCUCAGACCGAACCAACAACUUGAUUGUGAGGUUGCGGCAUAAUGUCAUUAGGACUGGGCUUCGUAACAUUAGUAUCUCAUAUUCCAGGAUAUCACUGGCUGAUGUUGCCAAAAAGCUGCGGUUGGAUUCAGCAAACCCAGUUGCUGAUGCUGAGAGUAUUGUGGCUAAAGCAAUUCGAGAUGGAGCCAUUGAUGCCACAUUGGAUCAUGCUAAUGGAUGGAUGGUGUCCAAGGAGACGGGGGACAUCUACUCGACUAAUGAGCCUCAAAUUGCUUUUAAUUCAAGAAUUGCUUUCUGUCUUAAUAUGCAUAACGAAGCAGUUCGUGCCCUACGAUAUCCACCAAAUUCCAACAAGGAAAAAGAAAGUGCUGAGAAGAGGAGAGAAAGACAGCAACAAGAGCAAGAGCUCGCUAAGCACAUAGCUGAAGAGGAUGAUGACGAAUUCUGAUGAAAAGCCCAUGAUCAUGGGCAUCUGGGGAUUUUGUAGCUAUAAUGCACCAUCCCAUUGAUCUGCCUUGCGAGUUUUGCUAAACUGCAACAGCUGCUCCUUUAUCUGAAUAACUUUUGCCAAUCUUGUACAUUGUGAUGCGAGGUCUAUUGUUUAGGCGGUUUUUUUUUUUUUUUUUUUGAUCGUUUGACUUGCAUUGCAGAAACUUACUUAGAGCAUCUAUACUUGCUCUAGCUAUCUAUGAUGUUUGGUGCAUUUGACGACUUUCUUGUCUA